CUGUCAGAAUUUAAUCAUUUGCAAGUGGAAUCUUUUGAAAGAAACAUAAAAAAUAAUGAAAAGCAACAAAUGACAAACAUGGUACACUGGAAAUCAAAAGAACGUUGGGAUUUGGAAACUGAAAUGCAGUUUCAAACAAGAGGUUGUGCAACACUUCCUAAGACAUCUGGUACCACGUGCACGUCUCCUUGUUCAAGCAGAACCUUACCAUUAACUGUGGAUCACUACUUAACAACUCCGGAAUCAAAAAGAAAAAACCGCACAUUGUCUCUAGGUUUUCAAGAGCCUUUCAAAACUAGGACUUCGGUGUUUGGUAACUUUAUUCAUUUAAAGAAAAAUAAAAGAAAGUCAGAUUCGACUAUUUGUUUUCAUCCUCAUAUGAAUAACAAUGACACAGAGAUUUCAAAUAACAACGGAAAAUUGUCGGCAAUAUCUGAAGAAGAAAUUGUGCGACUUUUAACGCCAAGUAAAAGUUACUAUCCAGAUUUGCAAACCAUAUUUGCCGUUUUACUUUGUUGUCGUCUUUAUACAUGUCCUAUACAACUACUUGAACAGAUACACAAUGCAGUAAUGAUCGAGUUAAGCUUAAGUACAGAAGAUGAUUUGGUAAUUCUAAAGAGACUUGCUCAGUUACUAAAUGAGUGGACAAUUACAUUCCCUAGUGACUUCGAAGAAAAAUCUGACUAUGAGCAACUUAUAAAAAUAUGUAACUUUAUAACCACAAAUCGGCCUGAUUUAAAAAUAGAAGUUGAUAUUAUUACAAAGAACCAAAAAUCUUAUUUAGAAACCAAAAAUGAUUACAUAACAAGAAAUUGUUUAGAUGAAAUUGAAUUCGAUGAGGUAUAUCUUUUAAUGGAUAUAUGUAAUGAUCCCAUUAUUGUUGCCGAACAACUAACAAUUAUCGAAUUAGAUAAGCUGUCUAAAGUAUCGUUAGAAGAACUCAUAAUAAAUUUUGCAUCAAGUAAAUUAAAAAAGAGUGUCAAAAAGUCAACUAAAAAAUGCCCCAAAAAAAUAAAGUCAAUGACUGAAAUUUACGCUGAUUGGUUUAACCGUUUGAGUCACUUAGUGGCUACGGAAAUUUGCAUGUGUCCAAAAUUAGAAGAACGCGCUAAAAUAAUAAACUUUUUUAUUGAAGUCGGAAAACAAUGUUUUAAAAUUAGUAACUUCAACUCCUUAAUGGCCAUUCUGACUGGAUUAAAUAAGAGUUCUGUUAGUCGUAUGAGAAGAACGUGGUCACAUUCAAACCGGUCGGUAUUUUUAAAGCUGGAAAAAGAACUCUCGCCAAUAAACAACUUCGCACGGUAUCGUGAGACUUUAAAGUUAAGAAAAUCGAGUAAAGACUUACAUGAUUACAUUGUUCCCAUUUUUGCUCUUUUACUAAAAGACUUGACUUUUAUAAACGAAGGCUUUAAAACAAUACUACCUAACAAUUUGAUUAAUUUUGAAAAGUUUAUGAACUUUGCAACUGAAGUCAGAGAAAUUUUAGAAGCUAAAACAAUGAAUUGUAAAUAUCAAAAAGAAAAUCGAAUAACUGAGUAUCUUUUACGAUCUCCUCUUUGCAACGAAGAAGGACUUUAUAAAUCGUCAUUUGAGGUUGAGCCUCCAGAUUCAAGUUUUGAAAGAGAUAGGUACAGAUCAGUUAAAAUGAAAAUCAAAUCAAUUUAAAAACUAUAUAAAAUAUAUUUUUAUUUUUCAAACUUAUUAAGUUAA